AUGAACCGCGACGAGGGCGACAACAACGACAACAAAUCCGAUACCAACCUUCACCACGCUCCGUCCAAAGUCACAACAUCGCCUACCGCACCUCUCGUCGAGGGCAACACGACGACCAAGCCAGCAUCAGGCAACAAGACGACACGCAAGACACCCUCAAAGAAGAAGAAGACUGCUCAGCCACAUCCUCGCGCGCGUACGCCUCACUGCGACAACUUCCUCUCCAUUCCCGAGAUGCGCGAGCUCAUCCUCUUGGAACUGGACGAACAUUCCAUCCUCACCUGCAUGCGCAUCUCUCGCUCCUUCGAGGCCACGGUCCGUAGCUCAAUCAAGCUCCAGCGCCGCCUUUUCCUCGCUCCCGACAACUCCAUCUCUCCACUCUUCAUCAACCCCAUGGUCUUCCACGCCACCCGCCCAACCGACCUCAUGUCCCUCGCCCUCCUCAAAUCCGACCCAAACAAACACUUCCACCUCAAAAGAAAGAUCGAAGUGAACAUCGAACGUGGAAAUUCUCGCCUAGGCUCCGCGGCCGAGAUGUUCGUCACUCAACCCCCCGUCAACAAGAUCAGGGUAGAAGUCAGUUACUGGGACACCAACUUUCUCGAGCCGAUGCUCAGUGGAGGCAGUUCCGGGACUUUGGAGCUACCUGACGGCGAAGGCAUCAAGAUGAAGGAUCUCGUCGUCUUUGCGAAGUCGAAGUUGGCGGAGGGGGCGGAAUUUCUGCGGAGGAAGCCGAUUUUUGGGGUAAUGGGACCGUGGACUGGGCCGGAGUUCAGACUUCGCGUUGAGACGAAGGAUGGGCAGCUUGUUAUGAAGCGGUGA